UCAAUCAUGACAGAGGAAUUAAAGCUCAAAAUCAUUGAUAAGAUACUAAUAAUAUACCCACCCAUAUUAUUAAGCGUUGGACUUACAGGAAACAUUUUAUCAGUGAUCGUUUUGGCACAGGCAAGUACUAGAAAAACUUCUACUGGUUUUAUGUUGAUAUUCCUGACAGUUACCGACACAUUGAUUCUCAUAUAUUCUGUUCUUGUAAGAUGGCUGAACCAUAUGUUUGAGAUAAAUUUAAAGACAUCUUCAAAUGGUGCGUGCAAAUUUCAUAUGUUUAUUUCAUAUUUUCUGUUUCAACUGUCACCGUGGAUUCUUGUGCUUGUAACAGUCGAACGAGUGUUCAGUGUGAAAUAUCCGCACAGAGUGAGGGAUGUUUUUACAAGAAGAAGGGUAAUUAUUAGUCUGUUCAUCCUUGUUUUGGUUCUUGGUAGUGUGAAUGCCCAUCUUAUUUAUGGAUAUGAACAUGUUUAUAAAGAUAAAUAUGAAGCAUACUACUGUACAGCGAGUAGCAAUUAUGAAAAUUUCAUGUUUAAAUACUGGACAUGGAUUGAUUUUGUCCUUGCAUUCGUCAUUCCAUUUUGCGUGCUUCUUUGUGGUAACAUAAUGGUUAUACACAAGCUCAAAUUGAGUGAAAGGUUUCAAAAAGCAAGCACGAUUACAACACAAAGCGGACAGGAACUCAGAGGCAACUUAAAUCGGCGAGGAAACAAUACGGCGUCUAAUUUCACAAUAACCGCAGUCAUAUUGAAUAUAACAUUCUCCUGUUUGGUCUCUCCCUUUUCAAUCUUUGCAAUAGGACAGCCAUAUUGGUUUCCACAAGAAACACUAUCAUCAGAAGAAAUAGUAAACUUAACACUUAUUGGGACAAUAUUACUUAUGUUACUGCAUACAAAUAGUGCAAUUAAUUUUGUACUCUACAUUUUUUGUGGGUCAAAGUUUAGGAGUGAUUUUAUGAAUAUAUUUUGUAAGCGACAAAGAUCAAUGUCUGAAACUAUGCUGGGCACGCAGAGCUUUCCUUCGCAAUCUCUGAGCACAAUAAACUAUUAAAGCGUGACAUUCUUUCGAUAACACACAAUUUAAUGCUCUCUUUAUAUUUGAAAUAUCAAUAGCUAAAAUAAAUUCAGAUAACUUUAUAAGUGUGCUAAAAUUGAUGAAUAGUUUCUAUUUUGGCUUGUUGAGCGUUCUAACUAUUCUAUGAAGAAAGUGAAGACUUGAGAGUCAGAUACCUGAUACAAUUGUAGGACGCAAUGGAAAUAUAAAGGCUUAAUAUUUCACGGUGUUGGAAUCACACAAGACUUGAGAAAAAGUAGGUUUCGAUUUGAGGCCUAUUAUGUUGGAUUUGUUGAUAUUUUCUACCUUAUAACAACAGGUAUUCCUCUUAAAAAGUGAUCAGAUGAGUUUUAAGCCAUAUCAAAGACAUUAAUUUACGUGUAAAUAUCAUCUGGUAUCUUUCGAGUUGUUAUUGCAGAGGAAGAAGAACAUUAUUCCAGGCACAAGUCAGCAUCUCAGUAAAAACACCGACCUUCUGUAAUAUAGAUAGGUGGCUUCUUAACCAAAAAGAAUCCAAAAUUACUGAUGUAAUUUGAAGCCACAUUUUCUAAUAUUGUAACGCAUUUUACUUGAACAAAAUGGAAAGACUUUUCCGGGAAUCAUUCUGCUUUAAAAAAUCAAGUACAUGUAUA